CGUUGGCUAGUGUAAGUAUCACGGAGAGAUUGAUCCACCCGUAUCCGACUCCUCAACGAGGCUGCAGUAUGAACUUUUAGUCUUCGCUCGCAAGGUUAUUUCGAGAUAGAAGAGUUUGUCGAUGUUCGGGUCUUCAGUCCUUCCGAAUAUGAUAUCUUUCAGCAGUUUUACCAAUCAAAAGCUCGAUGUACGAGGUCCAGCCAUCAUGAUACUUUUUCCGUUCUUUCAAGACGGAAUCAUGAGCAUACAAGAACAGAGGGUGUCUCCCUGAAAAAUGUGAACGAUCUCACCGUGUCUUAGUAAGGUUGGUUUCGCAGGCUGACACCACGGUGCUUCAUCCUUGAUGCAAUCUACCAGGACCUUUGCAUGACUACUUCGCUGCGCUCGGCAAAAUCAUGUCCAAUAUCCUUGCCGUCUUUGGUGCUACGGGCCAACAAGGCGGAUCAGUCAUUACCUACGUGCUAAACGAGCCAGAGCUCUCCCAAAAGUACGAGAUCCGUGCCAUCACCCGUGAUGUCAACUCGAUCAAGGCCAAAGCCCUUAAGGACAAGUCUGAGGUCGACGUCGUCCAGGGAGACGCGCUCGAUAGAGCCUCUCUCAUGACAGCCUUGACCGGCGUGCACACCAUCUUCGCCAUGACAACACCAUCAUUCGGCGAGGGUAGCACGGAGGUCGAAGACAAGGGCGCCAAGAAUAUUGCCGACGUUGCGGUCGAGAAGGGUGUCGAGUACAUCAUCUUCAGCACUCUACCGUUUGUCAGCGAGAUCUCGGGCGGCAAAUAUAUAAAGGUCUUCCCCUUCGAUGCAAAGGCAAAGGCAGCACAGUACAUCCGCAGCCUCCCGAUUAAAAGCGCUUUCUACUGUCCAGGAUCAUUCAUGCAGAAUUUCCAGGCUCAGCCCUUCUUAGCUCCACGAAAAGCUCCCGACGGCUCUUGGGUCAUGGCCCGCAACACUUCUCCCAGCACUCAGUACCCUCUGGUCGAUGCGGUGGGCGACACAGGCAAGUUCGUUGGCGCCAUCCUCGCCGAGCCUGAUAAGUACGAAGGCAAGACAUUUUGCGCAGCCCAGGCACUGUACACCUUGGAGGAGAUAGUUGCCAUUAUAUCCAAACCUACAGGCGAGACUGUCCUCUACAAGCAGAUUCCAGAUGAGGACUUCAAGAAGACCUUACCACCGCCCGUGGCUGAUAUGUUGUCUGAAGCCUUCAGCUUCGGGGAGGAGUUUGGAUACUUCGGUCCGGAUACCGAGAAACUGGUUGCUUGGGCUGCUGAGAAUGCUCGUGGAAGGUUGACCACUCUUGAAGAGUAUCUGGAGGCACAUCCGCUUCGUUUCGCAUGAUUUGGACAUUAUGAGAUGAUGAAGACAUGGAGAGGCUAAACUUUCGGCGUCCCUCUGGAGUACGAUAACUUGGUGGUGAACAUGUACAUACGCAUCAGGCAAGUCAACCGAGCAUGACC